AUGACCAAACCAAAGAUCCUCUGCCUCCACGGGGCGGGGACCAACGCGCGCAUCUUCGAAGCGCAGACGGCGCGGCUGGGUCUGGUGAUCCGGAAGCAUUUCGACCUGGUCUUCCUGGAGGGACCCAUCGAAUGCGCGGCGGGUCCGGGGGUGCUGCCGUUCUUUGAGGGCGAGGAGCCGUUCCUGCGCUGGCACAACGAGGUCGACGACGAGGUGAAGAAGCAACGGGCGGGGCCGCACGCGCAGCAGAUGGAGCGCGUCCGCAGGCUGCUGGUGGGCGCGAUUCGAGAGCAGGGCCCGUUCGUGGGAGUGCUGGGGUUCUCGCAGGGCGCGAAGACGGCAAUGCAGUUGCUGCUGCUGCAGGAGGAGCAGGGAGUGGAGGAGGCAGGGAGCAGGAUCAAGUUCGGGGUGCUCAUUUGCGGGACGGUGCCGGCGGAGGACCUGCUGGUGGCGCAUCGCGCCGAGGGCGAGGAGCGGCAGGGCGUGGUGGUGCGGGUGCCGACGGUGCACGCCGUGGCCGAGUCGGAUCCAUGGCGGGCGCAGAGCGAGCAGCUGCCCCAGUACUGCGACGAAGCAACGCGCCGCGUCUUCCACUACACGGGCGGCCACCACCUGCCGCAUCUCGCGGCGCAGAACCAGCAGCUGGCGGAUCUCAUUCUGGACACGUACAGGGCGGCCGAGGCGCGCGCUUGA